AUGCUGGCUGCUGCCUCCAUCAUACCAAGGUCCCUGCACAAAGGGAUACAGAUCACACGAGCGCUUAAAAGUAGGAAAAUAAGUUUCUCGGCUCUCCCUCCUCAUCCGCCCCCAUUGGCCAACUCUGUUUUGGAUACCAUCGGCAACACUCCUCUGGUUCGAUUGGACCGGUUCUGUCAGGCACUUGGUUUAAGGAAUGGAUCAUCUGGCAGCAACAACCACAACAGCAAGCCCCUUAUUCUUGCCAAACUCGAAAAUACAAAUCCUGGAAUGAGCAAAAAAGACCGCAUUGCCCAUGAAAUCAUUCGUCAAGCGAAGGCAGCCGGCAUCUUACAAGAAGGCCAACCUGUCGUGGAGCUCACAAGUGGCAACACUGGGACAGGAUUGGCUAUGGUAUGCCCCCUCCUGGGUCAUCCCUUUUGUGCCGUCAUGUCACAAGGAAACUCUAGAGAACGGGCUCAAAUGAUGCGUUUUCUGGGGGCCGAAGUCGUGCUGGUUCCACAGGCCCCCGGAAGUGCUGCCAACCAAGUGUCGGGAGAGGAUUUGGCAUUGGUGGAAGAAACAGCCCAGAAACUCUGUCAAGAUCGACAAUCUUUUCGCAUUGAUCAAUUCGUGAGAAAGGCCAACGCAGAUGCACACUAUUUAGGGACUGCAAGAGAAAUUCUGGAACAAGUCAAGGACUCUCCCGACGUGCGAAUUGAUGGCUUUGUCGAUUUUGUAGGAACAGGUGGGUCCUUUGCGGGAUGUACCAAACGUUUCAAAGAGGACUGCUCACACUUUGUGAGCUGCCAUAUCGUGGAGCCGGAAGGGAUAUCACCAUUGGCACGCAAAUACACAAAUCAAAGUGAUUCCAACAGAAGCAGCGGAAGUAGCAAGAACCAUGUCAUACAAGGUGGUGGGUAUGACAUGCCCGAGCUGACUCUUCUAGAGGAAGUUAUUCAAAAGGGGUACGUAGAUGGAUUCCUACAGGUUGACAAUCAAGGUGCUACAGAUAUGGCGCGGCUGUUGGGGAAGACGGAAGGGAUCUUUGGUGGCUUUUCUGCUGGGGCAAACCUGCACGCAGCCGUACAGCUUAUCCAGAGCGGCCAAGCCAGUCAGGUUGUGGCAUUAAUCUGUGACUCUGGGAGCAAGUACUAUAGUGCUGAUCUAUUACCUUCAUAA